CCAAUCCUCAGAGAGAAUCUAGAGAGAGAAACACUUCAUUUCUUCCGAUUUUCUCUCUCUAAACUCUGAUUCUCCCAUCCACCGUUUUCUCGCCGGCAAAGAUUGUUGUUGGAUCGUUUGAAUUUUGGGGGAAAAUGCAAUCCAACUCCGUCAAGAUUUCGCCGUUUGAUCUGAUGAGUGCUAUUUUUAACGGCAAAGUUUUAGACACAUCAAACGCAUCAGAAUCGGGGGAAUCAACGAUGCCGCCGGCGUUAGCGAUGCUAAUGGAGAAUCGUGAGCUGUUGAUGAUACUAACGACGUCGGUUGCUGUGUUGAUUGGAUGCGUUGUCGUUUUGGUGUGGCGGAGAUCCUCCACGAAGAAGUCGGGUAAGGAUUUUGAGACACCGGUGAUUGUGGUACCAAAGAAAAUUAAGGAGGAGGAGGUUGAUGACGGUAAGAAAAAGGUUACGGUUUUCUUUGGCACGCAAACUGGAACAGCUGAAGGUUUCGCUAAGGCACUUGUUGAGGAAGCUAAAGUUCGAUAUGAAAAGGCGGUCUUUAAAGUAAUUGAUUUGGAUGAUUAUGCCGCUGAUGAUGAUGAGUAUGAGGAGAAACUAAAGAAGGAAUCUUUGGCCUUUUUCUUUUUGGCCACAUAUGGAGAUGGUGAGCCAACAGAUAAUGCAGCCAGAUUCUAUAAAUGGUUUGCCGAGGGCGAUGAGAAAAAAGAAUGGCUUGGAAAGCUUCAAUAUGGAGUAUUUGGUCUUGGCAACAGACAAUAUGAGCAUUUCAACAAGAUUGCAAAGGUGGUCGAUGAGAAUCUUGCGGAGCAGGGUGCAAAGCGCCUUGUUCCUGUUGGUCUUGGAGACGAUGAUCAAUGUAUUGAGGAUGAUUUCACUGCAUGGAAAGAGUUAGUGUGGCCUGAGUUAGACCAAUUGCUUCGUGAUGAGGAUGAUACAACUGUUUCCACUCCCUACACUGCUGCUGUUUCAGAAUACCGUGUUGUGUUCCAUGACAAACCCGACACUUCUGCUGAAGAUCAAAGUUACACAAAUGGCCAUGCUGUUCAUGAUGCUCAACAUCCAUGCAGAUCCAAUGUGGCUGUCAAAAAGGAGCUCCAUACCCCUGAAUCUGAUCGGUCUUGCACUCAUUUGGAAUUUGAAAUCACUAACACCGGACUAUCAUAUGAAACUGGGGAUCAUGUUGGAGUUUACUGUGAGAAUCUAAGUGAAGUCGUGGAUGAGGCUGAAAGAUUAGUAGGUUUACCACCAGACACAUACUUCUCGGUCCACACAGAUAAAGAGGAUGGAACACCACUUGGCGGAGCCUCCUUGCCACCUCCUUUCCCUCCUUGCACUCUAAGAAAAGCAUUGGCUUGCUAUGCAGAUGUUUUGAGUUCUCCCAAAAAGUCUGCUUUGCUUGCUCUAGCUGCUCAUGCUACCGAUCCCACUGAAGCUGAUAGACUGAAAUUUCUUGCGUCUCCUGCUGGAAAGGAUGAAUAUGCUCAGUGGAUAGUUCUAAGCCAAAGAAGCCUUCUUGAAGUCAUGGAGGCCUUCCCAUCAGCUAAGCCUCCACUUGGGGUUUUCUUUGCGGCUGUUGCCCCACGCUUGCAACCCAGAUACUACUCUAUUUCUUCCUCCCCUAAGAUGGCACCAAAUAGGAUUCAUGUUACUUGUGCAUUAGUUUAUGAGAAAACACCCGCAGGCCGUGUCCACAAAGGAGUUUGUUCCACCUGGAUGAAGAACGCUGUACCUAUGACAGAAAGUCAGGAUUGCAGUUGGGCGCCUAUUUUUGUUAGAACGUCCAAUUUCAGACUUCCUUCCGAUCCUAAAGUCCCAGUAAUCAUGAUUGGCCCAGGCACUGGAUUGGCUCCUUUUAGGGGUUUCCUUCAAGAAAGGUUAGCUCUAAAGGAAGCUGGAACUGAGCUGGGAUCAUCCAUUUUCUUCUUCGGAUGCAGGAAUCGCAAAGUGGACUUCAUAUACGAGGAUGAGCUUAAUAACUUCGUUGAGACUGGUGCUCUUUCUGAGCUUAUUGUAGCUUUCUCUCGCGAAGGCCCAACUAAGGAAUAUGUGCAACACAAGAUGAACCAAAAGGCUUCGGAUAUCUGGAACUUGCUUUCUGAGGGAGCAUAUUUAUAUGUAUGUGGUGAUGCCAAAGGCAUGGCCAAAGAUGUACACCGAACCCUGCAUACCAUUGUGCAAGAACAGGGAUCUCUAGACUCCUCAAAGGCAGAACACUACGUUAAGAAUCUACAAAUGUCGGGAAGAUACCUGCGUGAUGUUUGGUAAGGAUGCAAAAAAGAUGAGAAUAAACCGAGACUUGGGAUACUACGCCAACUUAUCCAGAAUCAAACAAUCGUAGAAGAAAAGAUUGCACGAUCUUUCCUACUACCCCGUAUAAGGACGGGAAGUGCAUUUGUCGUUAUAACGACGUGUUCAAAAAUUCUUUCAUCUUCUUCUGUGUUAAGUUUUGCCCUUACUCUUUCUUUUUGUAACUUAUGAUUUGAAUGAUUUUUUCUUCUUCCUCUUUUUCUUUUUUCAGUGUAAUUUAUAAGGCGAUACAUAUAGUUUUAUACAUACAUAUCUGGGAUUAACUUAUGAAUCCUUGUGUAAUGAAUUUGCAUUUACCAAUAUGCAACCGUAUGUGUGAUUCGUCGUAAA